GCCUUCACUGUGGAAGUUCGACAACUGUCCCGAGUCGCCCAUCCUAAUAUUGUUAAAUUAUAUGGGGCGUGUACCAAGAAUCCGGUAUGCCUGGUGAUGGAAUACGCCGAAGGUGGAUCGUUAUAUAAUGUGCUACAUUGCAAUCCUCAACCACAUUACACUACCAGUCACGCUAUGAGUUGGACUCUCCAGUGCGCGCGUGGUGUCGCCUAUCUUCACAAUAUGAAGCCCAAACCGCUGAUACACAGAGACCUAAAGCCACCCAAUCUGUUGUUAGUUAUGGGUGGACAGAUGCUUAAAAUCUGUGACUUCGGCACAGCCUGUGACUUAAACACAUAUAUGACUAAUAAUAAAGGCUCGGCCGCGUGGAUGGCACCAGAAGUGUUUGAAGGAUCUAGCCUAUAGGAUAAUGUGGGCUGUUCAUGUAGGACAAAGGCCUCCUUUAAUAGAAGGAUGCCCGAAACCAAUUGAGGAUCUUAUGACUAG